CGCGUCGGUUCCUGCGCCUGCGCGCUGCUUGGGUGCAGCGGCCUCCUCUCUCCUCGGUCCGCCGCGUCGCCGCCUCCGCCCGUCGCCGCCGCCAUGAAGUUUGUGUACAAGGAGGAGCACCCGUUCGAGAAGCGCCGCUCCGAGGGGGAGAAGAUCCGCAAGAAGUACCCGGACAGGGUCCCGGUCAUCGUGGAAAAAGCCCCCAAGGCCCGAAUAGGGGACCUGGAUAAGAAGAAAUACCUGGUGCCCUCCGACCUCACAGGAACAUCAUGAGGAGGACUUCUUCCUUUAUAUCGCUUACAGCGACGAGAGCGUCUAUGGCAGCAUGUAAGACCCCCGGAGUCCGCCGGCUGCCAUCGAGGGGCAACUUGCCCCUAAAGGGACCUGCACUUUCUGUUGUUACUUGUUGUUGAUUUUAUGUUUAAAAGGUUUUUUUUUUCCUUUUUUUUUUUUGCUCCAGAAAAAUGGAGGGUUCUCUCUCUCUUCUCUCCCCCCCCCUUUAAUUUCCGGCUGUGAAUCUUUUACCUCUUUUUUUCCCUCUUUUAAUUCCUCCCUUCUUUUGGCUUUUCCUUUUGAGGUGGUUGUGGCUAAAAUUAAAUACCUCUCCCUUGCAAUUUCCCUCCGUGCUUUCUUCCUUUCCUUCCCCCCCCCCCACCCUGUUGAAAAGGUAGAUCUGGAAUUUCACAAAAAAAAAACACCCUUUUUGUUUUUUUUCCGAUUUCCCCCGCCCUCCUUUGACACUGCACCCCCCAGUUUGCUUUUUCAUCAGGGAGGUGCCUCAUCUUGGCAGAUUUCUGUAACCAGGGUUUCGCAGGGGGGACGGGAUGGGAAAAUGAAUGCUAAUUAAAAAAAAAAACAGGUAUAUAAGAA